AUGGCCACCACCAUCCCCCCCACCCACCGCGCCUUCCGCCGCAGCCCCGGCCUCGGCACCUCACAAACCCCUCUGACCCUCUCCCUCUCCAUCGAACCCAUCCUCCCCUCGGCCGGCCUCGGCACGCACGACGUGCUCAUCCGAAUCCGCGCCGUCUCGCUCAACUACCGCGACGCGCUGAUGCUGCGCGGCCUCUACCCGGGCCCGGCCCUCGCCGGCGGCAUCGCGGCGUCGGACUGCUCGGCCGAAGUGGUUGCCGUCGGGGACCGGGUGACGCUGUUCCGGGUCGGGGAUAGGGUCGCGCCGAACUUUGACUUGGGGAACUUGACGGGGGAGAUUGGGGCGGCGGGGCAUCUGACUGUGGGGGGGGAUGUGGAUGGGGUGUUGAGGGAGUUUGCGGUGUUUGAGGAGAGGGUUUUGGUGCGGCUGCCGGGGUAUUUGUCGUGGGAGGAGGGCGCGACGAUUGCCUGCGCUGGGCUCACGGCAUGGAAGGCUGUCGGUGCCCCCGACUCGCUGGACAAGAACAAGUCCAUUUUGAUCCAAGGAACCGGUGGGGUGAGCAUGUUCGCCCUGCUAAUUGCCCUCGCGGGUGGGCUCAAGCCGAUCAUCACGUCGUCGUCGGACGAGAAGCUUGCAGUCCUGGCUAAGAAGCUAGGCGCACCCAGCUUCGCUAGCUACAACUACCGCACCGACCCGGACCAGGUAGCCGAGGUGCAGCGGUUGACCGGCGGCAAGGGCGUUGACGUUGUGGUGAACAACAUCGGGCCGCCUGGUAUACCCGCUGAUAUUGACUCGCUAGUCCCGUCGUUCGGCCUGGUCUCACUCGUGGGCUUUCUAGCGGGCGUAUCGGCAGACUGGAACCCAGGAAAGCUGCUGUCCGUGAUCACAAAGACGGCCCGUUUACAGGGCGUCGCUGUCGGCUCAAAGGUCGAGUUUGAGGCACUGAUCAGCUUUCUUGAACAGAGGCAGGUCCGCCUGGACACGCUGAUCGACAGCAAGAUCUUUGACUUCGAGGACUCACAAGCGGCUCUUGACUACCUGUGGUCUGGAAAGCACGUGGGUAAGGUGGUCAUUCGACUUGGAUAGGUGUGUUACAGAGGUCACAAGCAUGUUCGCGUUCUGUCGCAUUGGAACAACGGUAUCUCUGCAAUGAUGAAUGGGACAAGGGUCAAAAUUAAAAUAUGUGCUCGAAUUAUGUAUUAUAAAAUACCGGCCGAAAACAAUGCUUCAAUUACUAUAGUG